CGACAGUUGAAAUCAGGACUCGUAUGGUCGCUGCUUGCAUGACCAGCUUAUCGGAUUACGCACGCUCUGCAUCAGCUCGUCCGCGCCACGCCCUCUGGCUCGCUCGCUCGCCAUCCACUCUGACCCGCUGCUGUCAUCGUUGAAACACAGGUACCACUUCAUCUUCCACCACUCGUCCUCCAAGCCUGUCAUCACAAUCUUUGCAGAACAAUCGCAGCAACUCCUUAGCAUGUCUGCUGCCUCAGCUUCUCGUCUCAGCGAAAGCGCCGCCUUCGUGCGACUUGGUGCCGCUCAAGCUCGGCACCUCCACACCUCGCUGGCUCGAAGAGCGCAGCCAGUCAACCCCUCCUCCAGCGUCGAUGCCUUGCUGGGCGUUUCUGCGCCAGCUCCACCCAGACAAGGUGAAGGUUCAGGGUUGGUCGUGACAGGCAACGCUCGACCCAACAAUCCCAACGACCUCUCGCAACUCUUGAAGCAGCAUCAGCAUCAGCAUCGUUCUGGUCCCGCGGAUGGGAGUCGAGGUGGCCAAAGCGCGACGAGAGCACGCAAUGCGGCAGCUAUGGGAGCAGUGAGGCGGAGCGGUCGUUUUGGCAGCAGCGACAUACCCACGCGCAAUCUGGAGCUCGAUGGAGCUUUUUCGCCGCCCGACGCACCCAUCGACCCGAUGGAAGAAGCACGAAAGUCGAUGGCAAAGCGGGGAGAAGAAGCGGUGGACCGCGAGACGCCGCACCCCGUCGAUGCAAUGAAUGGUCGCAACGAGCUGGACGAGAGGGUUUUGGCUGCUGCCAGAGCUGUGCACGCACGAGGAUCUACCGAUCUCCACGUCUUGCUCCAUCAAUUCGAAGAUCGGGCGGGUACGCAACUCCCCAUCGAACUGCCUUACGAAUCAACACCUGCACCGGAGCGCCGCGUACGCAUCACUGGCGCAGACAGCUCAGAAGCUCACUUGCAGGCCAGUCACGAUGAUGGAGUGCUGCUCAUCGCUUAUGUAGCCGGUCUGACUGGACAGCGGGGCACAGAACGAAUCAGUGUUUGCUCCGGCUUUGCAGUGGAAGGCGGCGAGAGGCUGACCGAGGCGCAAGGGGGAGAGGAGAAAGGCGCGCUCGUCAUUUCCUGCGCCCACACCCUGCGAGCAUCGCUUCCUGUGCCCCCUAGGAGCUCGUCAUCCUCUAGCGGCGCCAAGUCUAUCGGAGACGACUCUGUCGCACUGGCCAUCACACGUCAAGGCCACAUCUUUCCGAUCAGGCAAUUGCUGUCUUCGCUUCCCAGAUCCGAUCUGGUGCUGCUGCAGCUCUCGGACAAGCCGAUCCUACCCUCCAUCUUGCCGACUGAUGUCGAGGCAAGCUCGAGCUCGCUAUCUGCUGCCCCGACCACCCUGCGCACGCUUCCUCUCUCCCCUUAUCCUGCCACUGUUGGCACAGAGCUUGCAGUCAGCAGCUUCUGGGGCUACGAGGACGAUGCGGGAGCAAAAGUUCCGCCCUUUGCGUUUGUUCAAGCCCAGAGUGGCGCGGGCGCUGGGAGUUCGAGCUUGGAGGGCCCCGGUGGCGCGACACGUACGCAAGCUUCUUCUGUAGAAGGUUCGGGCUUGACGCUCUCUACCCCUCUGCCUCCGCCGAAAGGAAGAGAAGCAGAGGUCGUCAGCAGAGAGAGGGAUGACGCCGCACGAUCCCGAUGGGGUCGAGCUAGAUUGGUCGAAUAUAAAGAUGAUUAUGGUCAAGAAGCAAGAACGGGCACAUACGAUACGCUAGCACAGCUCGAUUUCAAAUUGGUCCUCUCUCACUCCAAUCCGCCAGCACUGCACUCUUCCCCGCCCACCUCCGAUUCUGCCGAAGAGCGUCGACGAGCUACUCGAGGAGUGCCCAACUUCCCCCCUCCCGGCUCCAGCGGCGGGCCGAUCGUGUGCGCCGAGAGCGGAGCAGUGGUCGGCGUCACUCGAGGUACAAAGAUGGGCAUACUGGAAGGCAGAAGGGGAGAUGGUGUGCCCGCCGAAAAAGUCUUUGAAUUCUUUGCACUCCCCGGCUUAGGCAAGAAGUGAUUUCUAUGCCCUUGUAUAUCAUGCGCGGGGACGACUUCAAUUGUGCUCGAAAUGUGAAUCUGACCACUUGCGACCUGCUAUAACAAUCGACUGUUCCAUAUAGAUGUGCUCUCAUAGUAUCUAAUUGCAG